AUGACCUGGGACCAAAGCCAACAUUGUGCAAUCUCGGAGUAUGAGCGGGACGUUGACUUGGACCAGCAAGUGAAGAAGGAUGAUAAUGAGUGGAUUGAGAAGCUCCUUGCAGCCGAGCAGGCUUCUCCAGAAUUUGAGGGCACCAUCACAAUUGACCUGUCAAUGCCAGCUGCAAAGGAUAUGGAUGACGGGGCUACGGUCGGAAGCGCGGCAAAUAUGGCAGCACUAUUGGAGAACAUGAAAUCCGAUGUCAACGACCUUUGCUCGGAAUUAGAGACUGCAGCAGAAAAACUGGCUCAAGCUAAGGAUGCGGAGGCUGCCAAGGAUGCUUGUAUCCUUGAAUUGAAGGCCAAAAUGGCGGAACAAGCAUCAGUCACAGGCAAGCACCGUUCGUCAAGCCCCUCCUCCAGCAAGGCCACAUCAUCGGCUGACCACCAACGGUCCCGUCAUGCAAGGUUGCGGCGUUUGACGGAAGGCCAAGGUCAAAAUCUACGCAACCAACACACAUCCAGCCAGGUGGCCCACUCCUCGCUGGAUGCUUAUUUAAACUCUCUCCCUCUCGGUAACUACUUCGGCAAUGACUCAUGUCAGAAGUCUCCUUGCGUUACCCAGGUCCUUUUCCAAAAUGUUCAGGGUCUUCCAUUUCCUGUGACACAUGAUAAACAGAAAGGGCUCUUCAAGUGUUGGACGGAUGAGAGAGUGGGUAUUGCAUUGCUGGCUGAAGUUAACCUUCAAUGGUCAGCAGUGCCCAGAGGACACAAGUGGUUUGAUCAGGUCAAGUCCUUCACUAACCAGGGACAUUUCUCUUCAGUAUCUUACUACGAACACCAGGAGUUUCCAACUCCCUCGGCACAUCAAUGGGGCGGAUGUUCUGCUACAUUACUCCACAAGGUCGCGCGCCGUGCAAAGUCAGGCGGCAAAGAUGAGACAGGGCUAGGCAGGUUCUCUUGGAUCAAGAUCCGGGGCAGGGACAUCCGACAACAGGAGUCUCAGACUGAUGGGCCCCCGGCUGGUCCUUUAGAUCUUGUGGUGGUCUCUGCAUACCGUCCGAACAAGGAAGGUACCAAUGCUGGUAGUGUUUGGAACUACCAACGGAAUUACUGGCUGAGCAAGGGAGUGACCAUGGAUCCCCGUGACAAGCUCACACUGGAUUUGGUGGACCUGAUCAAACAAUGGAAGGCGGCAGGGUGUGAGAUUCUCCUUGGGUUAGAUGCAAACAAAGAUGUCUCCUACAACUCUCCCUCUUCCUUCCGCCAAGAGAUGCGGUCAGAAGGUCUUACUGAGGCCAUCUUACACCGACAUCAGGGCCCUUACCCAGCGACAACCCAAAGUUGGAUGACGGAUACUCCCAUCAAUGGUAUAUUUGUGACCAACGGCGUCCGUGUCACUGCAGGUGGGUACUUGGACUUUCAGCAUUAUUUUAAGCCGGACCACAGGGGACUCUGGAUUGACAUUGACCUGGAAGCGACUCUGGGGACCCCACCGGUGACCUCUCCUUCCUUCCAACCAUGUCGGUUGACACUGGCUGAUGGCCGAUCUGUGGACCGCUAUAUUAAGGCUGCGGAAGCGGGCUACCGGCAUUUUCGCCUUCUUCAACGCUUGACCCAAUUAGCGGAGGAUAUUUCGCUCCAGGACGGUUACCCUACGGCGAAUCAGCAAGAUCGAUUCAACACCAUUCAUCGCCAGGCCUAUGAGAUCCGCCAAAAGGCUGAGCGCAACUGCCGGAAACUGUCAAUGGGUAAGGUUCACUGGUCACCACAAAUGCAGCAGAAAUGGGAUAGGUUGCACCUUUACCAGCUCCUGAUCUUGGGCCAUAGACAGGUCAGGACUAGUUCACGGAAGGUCCGGCGUUUGUUGAAGAAGACCGGGCUGACAGAUGCAUGGAAAUUGUCAGAAGCUGACCUGAGGCAAAGAACAUCAAGACUACAAAGAGGUCAAGCGGAAGCGUGCCCAUCAGUGGCGCCUGGAAUAUCUGGAGACCCAAUUGGCAGCGGUCCAGAGAGCCAAGAAGGGCAACAUCAAAGCUUGUACCAGACGGACUCGAGUCCAGCGGAUGGCACAAAGGAAGAGACCUGA